UACACGUCGAAUUAUAUUAUUAAUUAUAUUAUACAAAUUCCGCACGCGCGGAGGGAUAACUUUCCCCGCUGGGUGCGGUGAGUGUGUUUGUUUUAUGUCGCUGGAUCAAAUGGGAUUUACGGAAUUCAGAGAUUCUAAGGACGGCGGCGAGCGUCCGCGACAUUACGUUGAGAGCCUGAAGCCUCGGCUUCCCUACGUUCCCUCCGAUGAAUGAAUGGAAUUAGUGAGGAGGCUAGCUGAAUAAUAUCAGCUCUAUCUGCGGGGGCUAGAGACCGGGAGCUGAAGCGUAUCAGUGCGGCGUAUCUGCAUAGACGCAGGGGACGGGCACGUCGUACAAGACCAACCCUCCUCUCUCUCUCUCUCUCUCUCUCUCUCUCUCUCUCUCUCUCUCUCUCUCUCUCUCUCUCUCUCUCGCCACUUCUCCAUCUAAACUCUUCCUUCCUCCUCUCUGCUGCCCCUUCCGGCAUCAUUUGAUCUUCCAAAUAAGGACGAGUUGGCGCGAAGCACAUGGCAAAUGUGAGGAAUGCAUUUUUGGAUUAUAUGGAUUGUAUUCUGGAAAGGGAAAAGGUCACGUCGCUCAAACGUCGAUGUAAUAUUCCAAAUCUCCGAAUCUCGUUUCGAAUAAACUGGAUCGUGAUACUGACCGUAACGGCAUCGAUAUUAUUCUGUCAAUUCGCGGAAUCUGUCGCUAAACAACAAGCAUCGAGUUCACAUGAAGAAAAGGAUUACAAUCAACGUUGCUUAAACCAACAUAGUAGCCUGCGAAGAUCGAUGACAUCAGCCAAUCUUACCUUACAAAGCAUUGUUGAUGAUCCAGCUAUCGCAUCGCAGGACAUUUUAUCUCGUUUGGAGGCUGCUGCAAUUUUACGAGAUAAUCUGGUAACGGCGUUGGGUCGUAUGCUUCUGCUCUGUCUCGACGACGAUGCGAGAGUACCUUUCGAGCUUAUCCACGACGCCAUACGAAGUCGUCGAGUCGCCGUCUACGAGCUGUUGCCUGUUCUUCCGGCGCUGAGGAAUAAGCUGCCGAAGCAGCAGCUGUACAAUCUCCUGCAAAUGCUGGAGAGAGUCGACAAUCGCUUUGUCUCCGAAUAUACGUCGCUCUGUAUAAACAUUUUUAACGACAUCAGUGCAGUCAUAGAACAAGCACCGCUCACCGACAUGUUGUGGAACAUAAACCCGGAGAUGUUAAGGUCGAUCUCGCUCGAUAAGCAUAGCCCUCUAUCUCUGACAAAGGAUGUUGACUCUCUGUUGCGAGUGGCUCGCAACGAUGUUAGAACAUUGAAUCUGCGUGUCGUGGCCGCGAUAUUAAUGAAUUAUCCGGCGUUUGAUCUAACGGAUCCGGAGAUCCAUGAUGCGAUCAAUUUCGUCGCAGAACGAAUGAGGGAGCGUUCGCGCGCCGAGGAUCCUCUAUUGUGGAACAUAGAACUGAGUCUGGAGAAUGCGAUGGAUUUUCUGAGGACCGUCCUCGAACGCCUGGAGGUGGACGAGUUGUCAUCCAAGGCAACCCAAGAAGCGAUCUCGCUGCUGCUUCAGAAUCUCGACGUGGAGCCUUAUCCUGUCGCUCCUACGUGGGAGGACAAAUCGAAGAUACUUUCGACGAUAACGAACAAUUAUUACCCGAUUAACGUUACUGCCGUAGCGAAAUAUCUCGCAAAUCACCUUGAUGACUCGCAUUUUCGAGAUCUCGAUAUUGGCUUCUACGAAACGGGCGAUCAAGCUCUUCUGCAAACGUUGUCGCGUCUUCGUAGAAAGUCGAAUCUGCAACAUUUUAGUAAACCUCUGUCUUUGUUGACGUCCUUCGUUUCGCAAAAACUGGCAUACGACAGCAAUUAUGCUUAUACGGCUCCAAUUAGUCAAUAUGAGGUAAACAAUUAUCUAGACACUUUCGACACGCUGUGUUUGCAGCAGAACGUGAGCGACGCUAUGAAAACAUUACGUUCUCAUCUGUCCGACAAUCUGCCGUGGACUUAUGCCUUUGGAGAUAAACGGGCCAGUGAUGAUCCCAGAGAAUUAACGUUGCUUGCGCUGACUCAUUUGAGGAGCAUCCCGAUCAGCAAGCCGCAAGCGAUCGCCAUCGAUAACUUUGUCUACAAAAGUCGCGCUGGGAGUCUGACUGGUAAACGGAGUCCGCUCUACGAUUCUGGUGUCAUCUUCCAAAGGGAUGAUUCUACGGAUGUGGAGAUCGAUUUGUUUUCUCUGCUGAUGCGCAUACCAAACGCCUUCAAGAGCGAGAAAUUCACUCCCAUGCUGAAUUUUCUGUCCAAGCCGAAUAUCCUCGACAUUCUCGGUUAUGAAUUCAACAAGUUUGAAUACGAAACUCCCAGAAGUCUGCUGUUAGGACUGCUGAAGAGAGCUUUGUCGCUCGCUUCCGUGAAAUCCGACGAGCCUUUAUUUAAGGCCCUCCAAAACGCUCGCAACUACCUCGAAGAGCCGCUACUGAUCAAUCUAUAUACCUCGGAUGAGUUACAACUUCUUCUAGAGCAACUACCGGGUAUUGAAAAUGAACCGCGAUAUCUUCCGCUCAAAUUAAUCUUUAAUAAGAAGAGAAUAUUUGCGUUUCUAUCGCCAAGCUUCAGUCUAGCUGGUGUGCACACGCCAAAGGACAGGCUUUUGUUAAUAUUACGAACAUUAGGCUUGAAGAUGGAGGAAGCGAGCGCAAAUUUCUUAGAAGCGCUGAGCUUUGCCCUUAACAACAUCGACGGACCGCCGCUGAAGAUCAAAACUUUCGAUCGAACUGACUUUAUCUACUUGAUUCAACAACAACUGUUCAAUGAGUCGCUGCAGAACGAAAUCUUGAAAUCAUCCGUGUAUAUGAACGUCAAUGAUUGGAACAUCUCCAUCAGCGGUACGCCUGAGAACAUUCUUGCUAGAGUUCUAAGCUAUCCUGUUAAAUAUAUCGCAUCGGAUGGGCAUCUGGCCAGUGUUGUAAAACAGGCGGUGAGCAUUCUAGAAGAGAAAGAUCAGAUUGAUAUCGAGAUUCUGAAUAAGCGAACAUUAGAAGCUAUGUUGGAAUAUCUACCGAACAACACGUACGUGAAGCCCGUGAUUCUAGUGCUGAAGAAAGCGAAUCUGAUGACAAUUGUACCGAAAUUAAAUCUCUCGAUACUGGAAAACGCCAGUCCACGUGACGCAUUAAUUAUGCUGCUCAGAUAUUUUAUCGAGUCUAACGUAAUACGCACGGAGAAGCUGUUACUGAGACGCGUCCGAGCGGCGUUGAGUACUUUGGACGGCAACAACCAUCCUCCUCAGACGUCGAUUUACGCUUAUUUGAUACAAUCGUUGCAGGAUCCGAGCAAUGUUGUUUACAAGCCGCUUUUACGAGAAGUAAACGAGUUACGAAACGUGACAGUUUUGUCCGACGAACGACAAGUUUGGCUGCAAAGUUAUCUCGAAGAGAUUAUCGCUAAAAAUAAAACGAGAAAACUGACGGAAGCUGCGUUGAUGACGUUGAAAGAAAUCGGAUACGAUGAAUAUAUGGAUGAGGAGGCGCGUGCUAGUAAAGCGCGGAUCAGUGAAGCUUUGUCGUUUCUGCCCAUCGAUUCUUUCGCUAAACCACUACGAAAACUACUUACGUCAGAAUGGGCGUAUAGUGUCCUGCCGGAGAAAGUUAAACACUCAAGUUCGCUAGAGAAGGAGGAAUUGCUGAUAGCGAUUUUAUAUCAUGCAAAACGUCGGACUGAUAUUGCCAAUAACCCUGCUUUGAUGAAAAUCAUCUCUAACGUCGAGUCAAAAUUGAACGGAUGGAAAACAAAAGUCGAGAUGUUGAAGAGCGCCGUCGCCGCUGCGAAAGCGGCUACUUAUGAUUCCGUGAGAGAUCUUCUGACUGCUUCGGGACUCAACAGGCUCAGGGUCAUCGUGCCUUUCAAAAAAUCGACCAAGUUAUCGCUGCUGACAUUAUUGCAUCAUCUGCUAAAGCAUUCAGUGAUCCAAAACAACAAUAAGAUUUUCGAAUUGUUGAGCGCCAUUAGACAGGAUGUACUCGAUUUUGGAGUAGAUGAAGACUUGUUGACCGUACUCGAUGAGGUGGGAAUCGCUUACACCAGCGAACUAGCUCCUGUUAGACUAUUCCUGCAUAAUCAGGGACGAUUCAAUGAUAAAUUCGCUCGCAUCGUCUUUCCGAUUGCGGAUCCUAUAGAGCGAUAUCGCACUUUACUGAGCAUCCUUUGGAAACAAAACCAGAUAAAUAACGAUACGCGAUUGCACGAUGCGCUCUUGAUACUGAGAAAUAUCAAACCCGUCGCCAGAAAAUCUGCAGGUACGUUGAUCUCGGAUCUCGAGGACGUAAUAAACUCCAUGCCGCAUCAGGUCAAACCACAAUUCAAGUUAAUCGAACAACUUUUCAACAUCGAUCUUUUGUCCCGUUUCACUCAUGACAAUGAAAUUGUUGAAUCGAAGAAGCCGCUGACUCUUUUAUUAUCCAAGAUGGCCAGCUUGCCAGAGGUCCGCCAUAAUCAUACCGCAGCUCGUGAAUUGACGAAAUUGCAAUCUAAAGUCGAGAAGUUGCUCAAUCGCUCAAUCUUCACUGGUUAUCAGCUCAGACCAUUACUAGUGGAAUUGAAACAUGUUCAACAAAUCAACAUAGACUAUCUCAAUUCCAUCAUAGAUCCUGAAGUAUUGAAUUAUUUAAAUCCAGAGGAAUUUUCCGAUAUAUCCGAUGAUAAUACUGAAAUACUUAGCACUAUCCUCGAUUAUCUGUUAUAUGAGAAAACGAUGUACGCCGAUUACAACAUGCGGAAGCAUCUGCAGUCUUUGAAACGUGCCCUGGCAUUGACGACUGGUCCCAGCAAGACGUCCUCAAAGAGACAUCUAAACAAGAAGGACUGGGAGAAGAUGCUGAUUUUGAUACCACGCAAUAGAGAUUUUGCGCCCAUCAAAAUCCUCCUGCAGUCCGAAGAAAUCUACAAAUAUAUUCCCAAGGACACAAAUUGGAAAAUUUUUUCCACUCCAGUUAAGAAAUUGCUUCAUCUGUUGUCGCUGAUCGAGAGCAGCGAUAUCGAGAACAAGAAUGUCUACAAAUCGCUGAACAAGUUGCGCGAAAAUCUCGAAAAACGUUUCAACUUUGUUACCGAACGAGACGUUAAAAUCAUGCAUCAUGCCUUGACAAGUCUCAAACUUAAAUACGAUCUGGUUCCGCUAAAGAUAUUCUUAAAUCAUGAUAAUCUGAUCAAGUAUCUGCCACCGGAUUUUAAAUACACCAAAUAUGGCGCAUCAAUCAAUGGUCUCGCUGCCGUCUUGGAUAUUUUUUUGCAAUCGUCUAGUUUAAAACAAAGAAAGAUUCUCUACCAGACCAUGAUUUUUGUGAGAGAAUCGAUACGCGAGAGAGUUGACUCAGCAAGACGAUCGUCUCGCAAAAUUUUUCACAAGCAGCCGUCCGCCGAAGAUCUCGAAUUCAUCAGUUCUAUCGCUCCGCCAAAGCUAAGCGAAUUUCUCAAGCCUGAAAAACUAUUAAAUUUGUUGCCACAGUCAUUUAGCUUGGACAACCGGCCGACGUUCAAGAUGAAAGCGUUGCAUUUAUUGCAACAACUAUUGCAACUGAAUAUUACGGACGUUCAUUCAGAAUUGGAAAAACUUGUUCGCGAGGUGGAGACAUAUCCUGACGUUCCGAAUAUCCUGCAAGAUGAUCUAGCGCCUCUUCUGAACAUACUUCCCAUUGAAGGAAUACCUCACAUUGAGCUUAUCAAGAAAUAUUUGAGACCUCUAACGUUGAUCGAGUUGUUACCUGGAAAUUUCAUUAUAAAGCAAACGAAUGACGCUAAAUCGGCGUUGCACAAUGUUCUGUUGCUGCUGAGCAAGACUCUUGGAUCCGCGAAGGACGACAAGCUAAAAAUAGCCCUUGAUGCGCUCACAAGGGAAUCGGCAAAGAUUAACUCCAACGUGAUACCGGAAAUGGCAUUAGUGAACAAUGAUGACAUAAAAUCUAUCAUAGAAGAAAUUCCGUUUGAGCAGUAUAAGCAGAUCGAGCCGCUUAAGACUAAGAUGACAGUCAUGAACGUUGUCUCAUCCUUGCCCAUGAAUUUUCAGUUAACCAAUUAUAAUACGAAGAAAUUGCGUGUAUUGGCAGUUUUGAACGAAUUAUCUAAAAACAAGGAAUUUAAACCCAUUCUACAUUCUGUCAAUUUCGCCAAAAGAAUCGUAAGCAAGAUGCCAAACAUGCCUGUAGUGAAUGACACGGAAAUCGAAAGGCUGAUACUACCAUUGCCAUUGAACGUCUUUUACGUGAAGGAUAUCAUAACAAAUUGCAAGCUGGCUAUAUUGAUGCCAUAUCUGCCCAUUCAUUUCAAUCUUGCCAGCUUAGAAUCACGAAAGAUGAAAAUCGCCAAGAUCCUGCACUACUGCAAAGUGGCCAAUCCCACGAAUAUGAGUAUGAAGCAAGCUUUGACUAACGCGGAGACAUCGUUGAAGUCAUUGCCCGAUUUCGACGUCACGUCGGAGCAUAUAGAAGUUCUGUUACGGGCGAUACCGUGCACUCGUUUUACUAUGAUAAAACCGCUUCUACGAUUCCUGUCGAUGACAAACAUCGAGUCGCUUCUCCCAUGGGAUCUCGACGUCUAUCGUACAUCGCGUACCUUCAAGCUGCGCAUUCUCGAUCUAUUGGCUGCUCUACGAAACGUCAAGAAGCUGCAGAACGGCGAAAUGUUUACCGCGCUUGAUUAUUUGGAGAUCAAUACAAAAUCAUUGCCGGAGAAUGUAAACAUUCCUCAGGAUCGUAUAACGGUUCUCAACGACGUGGAGAUUAUGAGAAUCGAGCCAUGUGUACCCUUUCGAGAUUUUGUAUCGAAGACCGAUAAUCUGAUCCAAAUAUUGCCGCCGAAUUAUCGCUUUCAGACCAAUCCGGAGACCGUUCACAACGAAUGGGCGUUAAUUAUUUAUAUGUCGUCAUUGUUUCUGCGCGACGUGAAGAUGGACGGUGCUAUGAAGAAUGUCUUCAAAGCCUGUGUGGAUAAUAGGCGUAGGUACGACAGGGAACUGCUUCACUAUCACAUAAUUAUAAAAUUAAUGACUAUGCCGUACGUGCAGUUUGCACCGCUAAGACUGCACACGCUAAUUCACGCGAAUACUCUGACCGCGCCUAUCGAAAAUGUGUAUCGGGGCGGUUUCCUCCAGGGAACAAUAUACACCAUGAUCCGCGUGAUGUUGAGGGAAUAUAUCCGUAGACCGGAGCUGAUCGGGAGCAAAUCGGUAAUUGACGACAUGGAAGUGUUUCUGCAUGAUUACGUGAUGUUGCAGAUUCAAGAAAAUAAAACAUAUCACGAGGAGCCGACACCGUACGAUAUCGAUCUGGCCAUUAACGAGAUUCCGAGCGAUCGCAAAUACGACGAUCUCAAAGUGUUCUUACGAUGUCAGAAGAUAGAGACACCAGUCAUGCGGAAGAACUUGUCGCCGGACGACACGCCGAAACAGUUGCUCAUCGAAUUGCUAAAAGAAGCCGAGAGCGGCGACAUAGAUGAUAAGAUACGAAAGAGUAUCGAGAUUCUCAAGCCGGACGUCGCGCAUGGCAUUCGUGAGGAGGAGGUGGAAUAUGUAUUGAAACAGCUGCGCGAUUACAGAUAUCACGUGAAGAAAUUGCAAACUAUAAGAAAGUACCUCUUGCAAGUUGGAUUGCAGUCCGUCUUAAUGAACGAUACAAGCGAUUUUUGCACGGCAUAUCCCACCUAUAAACAGAGACUGUACAUGUUGAACGAGCGUUUGCUGCAAGGUGUACCCGGUCAACCAAAAGAUGACGAGUUUCAAACCGAGUUGAAGUACCUGAAUCGUACUCUGUACAAUGAGAUUAAGAUCGAUCGCAUAAUGCCACGAACGAUAGACGAUAUCAAUAUGAACUCGCUGUUCCUCGCGUUGCCGAAAACGAAAGAUGAGAGACUCAUCCGCGGCAUCAUCAAGUUCUUUUCUAUUCCCGAUCUGCUGCGUCGACUGAACCUGCCUAAGGAUCCGUUUGAAUACGUGACCAAGGGUCAACUCUUGGAGGUCAUCAUGGAUCUGGGCCAGGAGCUGGAGAGCGUGCAACAGGAUCCCGUACAGCAAGAGGCUCUCGAGUACUUCAGGGACAAGAUAAGAACCACAGGAACCGGCACGCAGCCAAUCGAGCUGAAGAAAGACGUGUUCGAUUCCAAUAUGGACGUGGAUACGUAUGGACUGAUGCGCGCCAUCGAUUACACGAAGGUGACAGAGAAAAACGCGAUGAACGUGGCAACAUUCCUCGAAUAUAAAUACGACAGGCUUGUGUACGGAUUGGGUUUCAAUCACCUGGCGUACGCGACGAGGGGCGUGUACUUGAAGGCGCUGUUUGAACAUCUCGUCAACGUUUCCCAAGUGCCCGAGGAUAUAAAGACGGAGAUAAAAAUGAUGAUGCCAGCGGUGAAUCUGGACGGUUUGGGAGAGGAAGGCGUCGAUCUCAACGUCGACGUCGUUCACGAGGAAUCAACACUGCACUCGAAGGCUGAAACGCCGGUCGCUCGUUUCGGUGCUGAAAUCAUCCCGCGCACUUUCCAGGAGGACAAGGAUUCACUAAAGGCCGCCAUCUAUAACAUGCUCGAGUCCAUACCAUCGUCCGAGGAGGAGAAUCCUACCGGUCAGAAAAAUAUCUACAAUGAUGAGAUUCGCGGCGUCAUCGACAUUCCGCAGCAUUCGUUCGAUGUCGCCCGACGAAGGUGGAAUUCGAUGGAGGAUGCGAGGAAUCUCAAUUCGUCUCUUGAAGAGAUGAAAAGGCCAUCGAGUGAACGCAGCACGAAAGUACCAAUCGCAAAUGAUGCAAAAACAAAGAGAAAGAAGAACGAUCGUUCAUCUGUGUCGUUGCUCGACGAUAUUUUCGAGAUUCCCGUCAAACAUAAUAAAACGGUAAAAAAAGGCAGGACUAAAUCGAAGAAAGACUCGAGUCGAAGAUCAAAUAAUCUCGGUUAUCUUAGCGGUGAAAACGCCAAUAGCUCGAUUAAAUCGCAAAAAGGGAGAGUUAAUUCUUUUUCAUCGCGGAAUUCGCUUUCCGAGGAAUUGCCAGAAAAGUCACGAAAUCGAAAACAUCACGAGUUGUCUCAAAGAAUUUCACAACCGGACAUCAGUACCGAGUACGAUGAAGUCGAUAGAAAGGCGUCGAUUAUCAGGAUGCUCCGCAACAUGUUGGUGAGAGACGAAGAAAAUCUAUCUCUUAUAAAGGAACUGUUAGAGGACGAAAUGAGUACUGGUGAAAAGAGGAGAACCGUGAAGAAAGAUCUUAGUAGGCGUGCGGGAAGAGAGAGGAGAGAUGAAAAGGAGAAAGAGAAGUACGAGAGACGUAAGGUAAAUUAAAUCUUAUGAGGUAUCGAUUAUUCGCUAAAUUAUCGAUCAUGGAGUAACGACAGACAGCGUGAUAAUUACUCGUUAAAAGUAGAAGAGAGAUGACGAAACUAAUCUUCUCGAGUGAUGUUUGUAUUCCGGUAACUCUUGAUUUUAAAACGCAAUGUGAAAAGAGAGGGGUAGAAACGUAGCUAUGGUCGAUGACGCGUGCAUAUAGGGGCGCGUACUUUCGACAAGAGUGACAAGCGGGAGAAACAGUGAGAAAGAGGAGGAGAGAGAGAGAGAGAGAGAGAGCGAGAAAGACAUGGACCGUUUAUGUGCACGACAUGGAGCAGCGGUGGAAGGAGCGAUAAUUCGGCGUCAAAAAGCGCCGCUUGUGAAAGAACAGCCGGUCGAAACGAAGCGUAUAGGCAGGAUGCCGAAGACGGCGAUUUAUUCUCACCAGAACGCUUCUGGGCAUCGUGAUUCCGCAAAAUCGCAGGUCGUGGAAGGUGGAAAAGUAGUAGGACGAGGAAAGAAACCCGGCGCCGUUUCGAGACUGGCGAUUUCCAGGGACCUAGACUUUUCGGCUUCGCGCAAACAAGAAACGGGUCACGCCUACCUUGUUAUCGAGCACGAGCUCCUUGUCCAAGAUUUUAUUUUACGAUCGUCUAAUGUGCGGUUGUCAUUGUUGAGCGCGGUAGUAUCUAGGCUAGAAAACUCUCUGUUCUCGCCCGCCUUUAGUUAGAAUAAAUUAAAAUCUAUUAGAUAACAAGACAUGUUUUACACGACAUACGUGUAUGUGAGAAUCAUGUAUGAAAGUAUAUUCAAUUAAUUGAUUUAUAGAAAAAAGAAAGAAAUAUGUUGUCCCCAAAAAAUAUUAAUAAAUUAUUCAUUAAUCAAUUAUUUCAAACUAAAAAAAAAUAUCUAAAAAACUUAAAUACUAUUUCAAUAAUGUAUUUUAUUUCUAAUUGAAAUAUAAAAUUGAAAUUACUUUGACAGAGUGAUAUUGCGCUUGAUUUGACAUUAUUAAUACAAUCGCUUAAUAGUUAAAGCGCGGUUAGCUUUUGUCAGAGUCGAUGAGAGGAGAAUCUGAGGCAAGCGUGUAAUUAGGUACGUGAACCGGUUCGAUCUUUCGAUUCGGAGAGUGGAGAGAAAUAUUGAUCCGUAAUGAUAGAAAUUAGGGUAGACUUCCGGGGUGUUUUCGAGUAUCCAAGCUGUUAGGAUGGAAUGCGCUACUGUAUAACAAUAUCGUCGAAAGUUUGGACGAUUCUCGGCGGAAUGAGAGAGAGAGAGAGAGAGAGCGAAAGUGGAAAAAAAAUGAUUCAAAGAGUCUGCCAAACACUGUCAUUAGAAACGAAUUCUGGGAUGCAUUUACAUCACGCGCGCGCCUCUAAUUACGCGCUGCAAUUAUCAUGUCCCAUAGAAGGCUACUAAUUUCGCGUUACAUUGAAUCAAAAUCGCGCUUGAUCGGAAAAGACAAAUGAGCCUUUACUUCGUUCAUUUUUAUUCGCCACUCGAUUUUUAUUUGAUUAAAUCUCGCUUUAUAUUAUCAUGACGCUUCUUUACACUCUAUAUUAAUUUUUAAAAAGCAUGAUUUGUUGCGAAUCGAUAUAUUUAUAAUUUAUGGUACAUCAGAUAAAAACUCUGGUCGUUACAAUUAUGGCAAUUUCAAUGAAU